AUGGAGCCAAGCGAGAAGACGAUCUCAGUGUGGAUGAAGUACAGGGAUGCCGAGGUGGAGCCGCUGCGUGUGAUAUUGUGGCGAAUCAAGAACAUCAGCAGAAUGGGCGAGGAUGCUGCUGGACAUCAGGAUGGACGUGGUGGAUGUCAUCAGAUGAAGUGGACCGAUGCGCUGUACAAAUUCAAGCCAGCAAUCCUCGAGAUACUGUUCGACGAUAAUCCGUUCGAGAGUUUGAAAGAAGCGAUUAAUUCAGAAAUGGUUUGUUUUUUUUUUGCUUCAGGAAGUGUUCACUUUCCUUUAUUGUCGCAUUUGUCAUCGCUGACUGCAUUCUCUUAUUCGACUACCAAUUUUAGCAAUGGAAUUGAAUACUCCGAGCUUAUCGACGAGUUGUCACGCUUAGAGAUCCGAGCUGUAAAUAUAACUGGUAGUUGUUCAGAGGCCGAAAUUAACGGUAUGAUCAGGAAAUUAGGUGUUGAAUUGAUUCGAUUUUGCGGGCCGCCGGGUGUUUCGGUUGAAUUAUUAGCUAAAACUACGGCGAUUAGUUCAACGACACGAUUUGUUGUCGCGCAAGCAACAAAUUUAGAAACAGAAAAUGAUGGAUUGAAAUUUCUGAAAUGUCUGGAAAUGCUGUUUCCGUGCAUGAAAUGCUUGUACUGGGAUUGGAACAUGAUUGAUCCGUACGUUACAUUCGAUGGUCAGACUAAAACCUGCAUAGAAUGCCUUGUAAAUUUGUACAGGUUUGAUUUAACGGAAUUGAAUAUGAAAAUGCUAGCACUGGCUUUUUAUGUGCCAUCGUCGAAGACGCGAGCAGCCGUGCAAUCAAUCUGGCAAUAUUUCCAAUCUUUUUCGCUUCAAAAUGCUACAAUGAGGAAAGUACGAACCAAAGGCCUACAGGACAAUUGCGAGCCAAAUUUUGUUUUUCUUAUGGCUGGAGCACCCGGCGAGUUGCAGCGACUGGAAGAAAUUGUUUAUGUCCACAGGAUAACGUCACCGGAUUUGAGGCAUUUUCUCUAUGUGCUGGAUCCGUCCAUAAACAUUUACAGAGCCAACGCAACAUUUGAAUUUAUGGGUUUUGAUGUUUAA